AUGUAUCGUUCGAAAGGCCAGAAAUCACUGACACCAUACUUUAUCGAAGAAGUGAAGAUGCCAGAUAACGACAACGGGGAGGGGAAUAAUCUGGAAGAAGACUUCGAAGGAGAUAGCACAUUCCCGUUCAUCAAGGUGGUUGUAGGGUCCAAAGCACAAGCGUUCUACAUCCUCAAAACCCCCUUGAUGGAAGCGAGCCCUUUCUUCAAAGCUUGCCUUUCGGCAGGGAUGAUCGAACAACAAAAGCAGGAAGUCAUUCUUCCCGAGGAUCCAUGCCGGGCCUUCAACUUGCUGAAAGUCUGGGUUCACACGCACGAGGUCAAGAACAUCGGAAACAACAAGCAAGCAAUGUCUGCCAUUCAAGCAUGGGCAUUGGGCGACAAGUAUUGCAUCCCAAAAUUCCAGAAUGCUCUGAUCGAUGAGCUUAAGGAAUAUUGGACCCAGUGGCAUGUACAUCCUCAAUUCUUAUCAUGGGUGGUCAAGCAUACCAAAAAAGAGACUCCUCUCCACCAGCUUGUUUGCGACCAACUAAUUCACGAUUUGGUGAAUUGCCCCUACCCGUACAGAUGUAAGGAUGACGAGGACUGGGUGGACUCUGCGGAUAAAGUGGUCCCUGCGGGUGAAGGCAUCUAUGUGAAGCCACUUAAGGACUUGCUAGCCCACCCAGAGAUCGGUUCAAAGCUGUUCUGGGCCACACACAAUCUGGAAAGAGGAGGAGCUGACCCAGCAUCCUCUGGAGGAUGUUAUUAUCAUGUUCAUGAACAAGGUGAGACCUGCUCAAAGGAGAAGCCAGGGAAAAAAUAA